AUGGAGCACGUUCAGAAUUGGAAGUCGUGUGGUAUCAGCCAUUAUCAUGAUGGGGUUGGUGCGAAAGACGCGUCCGCAUCUUCGUGUCAGCAAGUGGAGGCUCUAUACCCGUCGAAGCAUUCCUCGUUCUGGAGUGAAUUGGGGGAUAUCAUUGGGACUGAUGAGUUCAAGACAAAGGCGAUCAGCUGGUUGUCUGGAGCAGUGCAAAUCCCCACGGAGUCAUAUGAUAGCAUGGAUGAUAUCGGUGUUGACCCUCGAUGGGAAGCGUUUGGUCCUUUCCACGAUUACCUCUUGAACUCAUAUCCUUUGAUUCAUGCUUCGCUUUCUCUCAAGAAAGUCAACACAUGGGGCUUGCUGUACGAAUGGACUGGAUCUGAUUCUACUUUGAAGCCCAUAGUGUUGGCUGCGCAUCAAGAUGUGGUUCCCGUGGAUCCCAAUACGGUGGACCAAUGGAUUCACCCUCCCUACUCAGGAUACUUUGAUGGUGAAUUGAUUUGGGGAAGAGGAUCGUCUGACGACAAGAGCGGUCUUAUUGGCAUCAUGCAAACUGACACCAAUUCGUUCAGGUCCACAAUUGAAACGUUAUUGGAGAAGGGCUUCAAGCCUAGUCGUACUGUCAUCCUUGCCUUCGGAUUUGACGAAGAAGCAAGCGGAGUAUAUGGUGCCGCAGCGCUCGGGAAAGCUAUGCUUGAAAUAUACGGGGAAAAUGCCUUUGCUUUCCUCAUAGACGAAGGCGGCGGAUUUACAGACCAGUAUGGAACAAUAUUCGCUACUCCGGGUAUAGCAGAAAAGGGAUACAUCGAUGUAAAGGUUGAUGUAGCUUCUCCUGGUGGCCACUCCUCUAUUCCACCAUCCCAUACGAGCAUUGGCAUACUUUCAGCACUUUUAGUCGAGUUUGAAGAACAUCCCUAUGUCUCGAAAUUGUCGAGAGAGGAUGUCCUAUACAGUACUCUUCAAUGUUACACGGCACACGGCACAAAGGUACCUAAACGCCUGCGCCGCGCGAUGGAACACUCGGCACAUUCAGACUGGGCCUUGCGAGCACUUGAGAAGAUUCUUUUCAAGGAGGCAUUUUUUAAGAGCCUUGUCGAGACUACUCAAGCCAUCGACUUAAUAAACGGAGGCGUGAAGUCCAACGCCUUGCCUGAGCAGGCAUACGCCGUUGUGAACCACCGUAUCUCUACACUCAGCUCUGUUGCUGCAACGCAAGCUCAUGACACCGCAACUAUCAGGAAGUUGGCCCAUAAAUUCAAUCUGACUUUCACUGCCUUUGGUGAGAGCAUCUCCGAAGCUGGUGCUCCUUCAAAAGGUAGUUUAACCCUGAGCGAUGCCUUCGGUACCGCCUUGGAACCUGCACCUCGAACGCCUCUCUACGGAGACGAAGCAGUUCCUUGGAGAGUCCUGUCUGGUACAAUCAAGUCCACGUACAACGCACACAGAUCAAUAACAGGCAACGACAAUAUUGCCGUUAGCCCUGGUAUGUCAACCGGCAAUACAGAUACAAAAUUCUACUGGAAACUUACGCCCCAUAUCUUCCGUUACAACCACAAAAAUUCGGGAUAUGGUCCAAAUCGGUUAAGCGGAGUCCAUACCGUCAAUGAGAACAUGAACGUCGAUGCACUCCUCGAGAUGAUCCGUUUCUUCACCACCUUAAUCUUGAAUGCGGACGAGUAUGAUUUGUGA